AUGGAAUUUUUACGAGAUUUGAUACUGCUUUUGUUGGCUGUCAACUUUGUUGCAGCCUCGCCCUUCAUAGACGAUGGGUCAAGUGGCAGUAGUGCUACCGCAACCGCCACAGCAGUUGCUAAUGGAGGUUCAUCUGCUUCAUCGACAGCUACGGCAACUGCCACUGCCACCUCUAGCGGCAAUAGUUUUGGCCCCAGUGGUUUUGACUCCUAUUAUCCUGUAACCUAUCCUCACGAAGUGCAACAAGUUCCUAUUGCUGUUCAAAGUGUACCAUAUAUACAACAAGUUCCGUAUGUGCAGCAGUAUCCCAGUGCUGUGGGAGUUGGUGGUCUAGGUUUGGUGGGUGGUUUUGCUGGCGCUGGUUUUGGUGGGGGCUUCAAAAAAUAUCGCGAGUCCUAUACAGUAAGAGCGAGAGGUUUUGGUGGCGGUUUCGGCCAUGGUUUUGGUGGUGGCUUUGGUGGACGUUACAAGGCACGUUAUGUUAGUGGCGGAGCAGGUGGAUUUGCAGGGUUUGGCGGUGGAGUGUUGGGUGGUGGAGGAGCACUUAUCGGUUAA